UGACCGCGCUGCCCCGGUGUUUCGUUUCCUUAUCGGGUUCCCCUCUGCUUCCUUAGCACCACGCUUCCUUAGCGCGGCCGUAGUUCCGAUAGUCCUAUUUGAGGUCUAACCCGCGAUCUUUUGCUGCAGCCCAGUCUAUAGCAUUCUGUAUUUCCGCCUCUUAAGUUCCGCUUCUUCCCGUGCCCCCAGAUUGCCCUUCCCUGACCCUCCUCGGCCUCUGCCACUUGGGGGCUGCUUUUCCCAGCCUGAGAUAUGCAAGUGGCCCAGCGGGUUGGGUGUGAGAGAUGUGGCCGGUACUGGAGCACAGAGGAGGCACACUGAGGCCUAGGAGAGUGGAGUGAAGAAGGGAUGGCCAGGCCCUGCCCCCUGGAUCCCAGAAUACAGUCUGGGAUUCUGUCAUCUAUGCUGUAUGUUCCUGCUUGCUCACCUAUGCUCCACAGAGUCAAAGGCUGGAUCGUGAGAACUCCUUAUCCAUACCACCCUACCAUGGCCUCCAAACCAGGACUAGGGUCCCACUGAUGUGGUAACACAGCAGAGGACCGAUAGAUGAAUGGACACCUUGAAGCAGUGGAGCAGCGGGACCAGAGGCCGGACCAGGAGGUGACCUGGAGCUGGGGCCACUGGCCUAGGAGCGCCCUGGAUAGGGCCGAGGCCAUGGCCCCACCGCUGCCGCUGCCGCUGCCGCUGGCCGCCAGCACCCCACUCCUGCAUGGCGAGUUUGGCUCAUACCCAGCCCGAGGCUCACGCUUCGCCCUCACUCUCACACCACAGGCCCUGCACAUACAGCGGCUGCGCCCAAAGCCUGAGGCCCGGCCCCGGGGCGGCCUGGUCCCGUUGGCUGAGGUCUCAGGCUGCUGCACCCUGCGGAGCCGCAGCCCCUCAGACUCAGCCGCCUACCUCUGCAUCUACACCUACCCGCGGGGCCGGCGUGGGGCCCGGCGCAGAGCCACACGCACCUUCCAGGCUGACGGGGCGGCCACCUACGAGGAGAACCGCGCUGAGGCCCAGCACUGGGCCACUGUCCUCACAUGUCUGCUCCGUGGACUGCCACUUCCUGGGGACGGGGAAAUUAGCCCUGGGCUCCUGCCCAAGCCACCCCGAUUGCUCCUACUGGUCAAUCCCUUUGGCGGGCGAGGCUUGGCCUGGCAGUGGUGUAAAAACCAUGUGCUGCCCAUGAUCGCCGAGGCUGGGCUGUCCUUCAACCUCAUCCGGACAGAACGGCCAAACCACGCCCGGGAGCUGGUGCAGGGGCUGAGCCUGAGCGAGUGGGAUGGCAUCGUCACCGUCUCUGGAGAUGGGCUGUUAUACGAGGUGCUGAAUGGACUCCUAGAUCGCCCUGAUUGGGAGAAGGCUGUGAAGACGCCCGUGGGCAUCCUCCCCUGCGGCUCAGGCAACGCACUGGCUGGAGCCGUGAACCAGCAUGGGGGCUUUGAGCAGGCCCUGGGCCUCGACCUGCUGCUCAACUGUUCACUGCUGCUCUGCCGGGGCAACCACCACCCACUGGACCUACUCUCUGUGACACUGGCCUCAGGCUCCCGCUGUUUCUCCUUCCUGUCUGUGGCCUGGGGCUUCGUGUCAGACGUGGACAUCCAAAGCGAGCGCUUCAGGGCCCUGGGCAGUGCCCGCUUCACACUGGGCACGGUGCUGGGCCUGGCCACACUACACACCUACCGAGGACGCCUCUCCUACCUCCCUGCCACGGUGGAGUCAGCCUCCCCCACCGCUGCCCAUAGCCUGCCCCGUGCCAAGUCAGAGCUGACCCUGGCCCCCGCCCCUGCCCCACCAGUGGCCCAUUCCCCCUUGCAUCGCUCAGUGUCUGACCUGCCCCUGCCCCUGCCCCAGCCUCCCCUGACCUCCCCUGGGUCACCUGAGCCCUUGCCCAUCCUGUCACUCAAUGGUGGCCCAGAGCUGGUGGGUGACUGGGGUGGAGCUGGGGAUGCCCCGCUGUCCCCUGAUCCACUGCUGCUCUCCCCCCCUGGGUCCCCCAAGGCAGCUCUACUCUCGCCCAUUACCGAGGGGACCCCAGAAAUGCCACCAUCCUCUGGGCCCCCACCUCCUACCCCUGAUGCCCCUAUAGCUGACUCCACCUGUGGUUUAGCAGACCACCUGCUUCCUCCUCUAGGUACCCCACUACCCCCAGGCUGGGUGACACUGGAGGGGGACUUCGUGCUCAUACUGGCUAUCUCGCCCAGCCACCUGGGGGCCGACCUGGUGGCAGCUCCCCAUGCGCGCUUUGAUGAUGGCCUGGUGCACCUGUGCUGGGUGCGCAGCGGCAUCUCGCGGGCAGCGCUGCUGCGCCUUUUCCUAGCUAUGGAGCGCGGCAACCACUUCAGCCAGGGCUGCCCGCAGCUGGGCUAUGCCUCCGUCCGAGCCUUCCGCCUCGAGCCACUGACGCCUCGCGGAGUGCUCACGGUGGACGGGGAGCAGGUGGAGUAUGGGCCGCUGCAAGCGCAGCUGCAUCCAGGUCUUGGUACGCUCAUCACUGGGCCUCCGGGCAGCCCGGCGCGGGAGCCCUGAACCUAUCAAGAAUCGGAGCCCCCAAUGCCCGGCCUACAUUCCAGAGGGUGCUGGCUGAGUUAGGGCUGGGGCCUCACACGUGUGCAGGGGCCUUGGCCAGGUCCCCGGACUGUGCCCACCCUCAGGGUACCAGAGGCGAUGCUGGAGGACGGCUCCAGUGCCAGGGGCGGGAGUCCUCAGUCAUAGAUUGGCCCUUGCCGAAGGCAGUGCCGGAGCACUGAGCUCAGGGCUCAGUCCAAGCGCUGGCCUCGGACUAGUAGAAGCCCAGGUCUGCUGAAGGCGGGGCCUGUCUUGCGCGUCGUCCAAUGACGAGACCUGGAAUGUAGGGUUGGGGAGGCCUUCAGUAAUUGGCCAGGCCGGGCCCGGGUCUCGCCCUACCCACUCCGGUGCCUCCGCUUACUGGCCAAUCAGCCCAGGAGGGGCGGGUCCCCCAGGCUGACAUUCUGAUAUUGCACUAAUGUUCCUCCCCCACGGGUGGGGGCCAGGAAGUCCUCUCCUCGUAUCUCUGUGCGUCCCCGACCCGUCUUUCAAAGCAAUUGAAAAGGUCUAUGCAAUAAAGGCAGUCGCUUCAUUCCUCUGA